CUGACUAGACUCUUCCCUAAAUAUGAUCCUGACAUGUUGAUCUGUUUCCUAAAGAACAUGGAACUCUGUCAAGAAUUGAAUCCAUCUUUCCUAAACAUGACCAACUUAAUAGCAGGAAAUAAAAAGAAAAUAGCCAUAGACAGUGCCUCAGAGACUCAAAGAAGAGGAGAAAGGUUGUUGUUUUUUCCAUGUCUUUUGUCUACUGAUAGACCUGAUGAGAUGACUAGUGAAGUGUACCAGUUUGGUUGGUGUCUACAGUGUACUAAAGAACAUGAUUUUUUUCCUCCUCGAUACUUCCAUGUCCUCUCAUUACAUUUUGCUUUUAAGUUUUCUUUAUCAAAAGGGAACAAAGAAUUAGCUGAAAAAUUGAGUCGUAAAUGCAAAUUUUGGAGGAACGGUCUUCACUGGUUUGAUGGCUAUGGUGUGAAAGUAUUGGUAGAGAUUGUGGAUGAGAGCCAGUGUGUGCUAGUAAUGAUGUCCUGUGAGAAAGGUUACAGUCACAAUAUGGUGUCUCUGAGAAGAAAAGUCAUAAGAGAGGUAAUGAGUGUUUAUAAAAAUUCCUGUCCUGGUUUAAAAGUUCAAGAAUUAGUUAUUGAUCCUGAAGAACUAGCCUAUCCUGUGAAUACACCAAGAGAAAGGACAGUUUAUGACGUUUAUGAUUUACUAUUAGCAAUUAAGGAAGGAAGACCAUUUCUCGUGACUGAUAAUGGACAUAAAGAAUUGAAGAAGAUUCUACCUCAUGAAUCAUUAUCAGAUAUUAACCUGUCACUAUUAGGAGGACCUGAUGAGGAAGUUAACGAUGUUCAAAAUCCUAAGCCAGGUACAGUAUGAAAGGAUGAAAAAGGAUAAAGUAUGAAAGGAGGGUAUUGUAGCUAUAGUGAUAAUAGCAUGCAUUAAUAUUUUAUAAUCUCCAUUUUAGAUAUUAAAGACCUUGAUAUUGUCAUUAAAGAAUUAAUAACAAAUCAACACUUGCCCAGUGCUGUAUGGCAAAGACUAGGUCUACAGUUAGGACUAUAUUAUGAACCUAGAUUAGUGGAUAUAGACGAGAAACAUAGAGGAGAUCCAGUAAAAUGCUUUUAUGAGUGUAUGUCUGCCUGGUUGAAAGGAGAAGAUAAAG